AUGUCAGGCCGCGCUGACUGCUUCAAAAUCGGCACUUCCUUCACUGCUCGAAGAUGGCUAUCGCUGAAUCCCUGUGGCUGCUUCGGCAUUACUUGCAGUUUUGCAGUACACAUCUUUGCUGCGACAGUGACCGGCAUGCACUUGAUUGAGGGGUCUUUUUUGGCUCAAGCCGUGUAUAUUUUGGUCUACUUGCCGCUGUCAUUCUUGGCGCUGUGGUCGCUGUUCAUGGCGUGGACCACCAAUCCGGGAGCUGUCCCGAUGGGUGCUCGCCCGUUGGUCACGCUCUCUCGUGCUGCCAGCGGCGAAAUGUCCCCAUCCGCUCAAGCACGGAAACGGGGCAUUCGACGAUGUCAAAAGUGCAACGACAAUUACAAACCUGACCGAGCGCAUCAUGAUUCCGUAACGGGGCGAUGCAUUGUGAAAUUUGAUCAUUAUUGUCCAUGGGUCUGCAACGCUGUGGGCGCCUUGAACCACAAGUUUUUUGUUUUGUUUGUAUUCUAUACCAUGACAACUUGCAUGACUUCCAUAUUCAUGAUUAUAACGCGGGCGGUCCGCUGUGGGUACGUGCGCGAAAACCCUUCAGGGGAUGCUUCCGAAGCCAGCAUGUUCGCUCCUAACGCAACCCAAGAAGAGGAAGAGAUCAAAGAGGAGGAAAAGGAGGGGGAUUUGGACGAAGGGAGAGGGUUGUUACGAGGACUGCAGAGUCUGGCGCCAACCUACGUCCACGAAGAAUGCGAGGAUUUCCAUCAAACAUACACCGUUGUUAUUCUUUUUUGCGUCGCGGUUACCUUUAUGAUCUUUACCGCGUGCAUGAUGAUUGAGCAAAUAGAAGCCAUUCAAACCAAUCAAGGCAAGAUCGCUAGAAUGAAAAUGAGAGUUGGUCAGGGAGGAACGGAGCUAACACGGGUGACGGAAGCGUUCAACGAAAUGUUUGGAGGCACUUCUCCGAAGGCAUCGUGGCAUUGGUUUGUGCCCUUGCCCGUUCGGUUCCCUACUGGUAUGCACAAGGUGGUCAUGGGCUACGAAUGGGAUCCCACCUUUGAUCCUGUGCCGUUCCGAGAUGACAGGCCGGAUGCUGGGAGCGAGGGCACAUCCACGAGUGAUGAGCCAACGAGCGCCACCGAAGGCACCAGCGAGACACCAGAAGAGCCUCCUGUGGACGUGGAAACUGGUCUAUCAACCCCCGACCUUGAUGAGGUGGCGAUAGACGCACCGCAAGAGAAGCCACCAGCUCCAGGACGGCUCAAGAAACGACUGUGA